AUGGCAGCACGAAAACUCCAGCAGGAGGUCGACAAGUGCUUCAAGAAAGUGACCGAGGGUGUCGCCGAGUUCGACGCCAUCUACGAGAAGAUUGAGCAGUCCAACAACCCGGCUCAGAAAGAGAAGCUGGAAGACAAUCUCAAGCGUGAAAUCAAGAAGCUGCAGCGUUUGCGCGAUCAGAUUAAGACAUGGGCAGCCGGCAACGAGAUCAAGGACAAGGGUCCGCUUAUGGAGUACCGCAGGUUGAUUGAGACGCAAAUGGAGCGCUUCAAGGCUGUAGAAAAGGCCAUGAAGACAAAAGCAUACUCGAAAGAAGGCUUGUCAGCGGCGACGAAACUUGAUCCGAAAGAGCAGGCCAAGGUCGCGAAGGCCGAGUUUAUCGGCAACCAAGUAGACGAGCUGGAGCAGCAGAUUGAGACACUGGAAGCGGAGGGCGAAGCCAUCCAAGCAACUACGAAGCGCGGCAAGAUGCACGGUGCCAAGGCCGAACGCAUGGCACAAAUUGAACGUACCAUUGAACGACAUAAGUGGCACCAGGGCAAGCUGGAGCUGAUCCGCCGCUCACUCGAGAACGGAGGCGUCGACGUCGACCAGGUCGCCGACCUCGAAGAGAGCAUACGCUACUACGUCACCGACAAUAUGCAGAGCGACUUCAUAGAGGACGACACCAUGUACGACGACCUGAACCUCGAAGAGAACGAAGAUGCCUUCGGCAUGAACCUAGACAACGACAAGGUCUCAUCGCAAGACAACCAGUCCAUACAAGACGACACGCCGGAAAUCGAGUCCAAGCCCGCGGCACCGCCAACUGCACCGGCGGCCACGGGUAAGGGACGACAAGGGGUAUCGGAGGCGGCCGCGUCUGGACGGAGACCCUCUGCACAGCUCAAGUCGCCAUUACCAGCUCUCGCAACGCUGCAUACGCCGCUGCCGACUCUGAGCAAUGGAUCCGUGGCGUCUACAAUGAAGCCUGCAUCCAUACCAACGCGACCCGCCGGCGAAGUUCUCAAGUAUGCGUCAGCCGCCGCCGCUGCUGCCGCGAGCGACAAGCUGAAUCUGGGCAUUUCGCCGUUACCGCCACCGGUCGGCGUCUCCGGCCCAGUCUCCUCCUCACAGCUGCCGACCGCCGCGUCCAUUCCAGCCGUCCAGGCCAGCAAGAUUGCCAGUGCAACCAACUCGCCCAAACCAACACCCGCGCAGCCGUCUGCACUAUCCGACAAGUCCUACUCGCCUGCCGUCUCCGUGGCGGCGCCCGCGUCCGCUUCAACAGCACCCGCUGCGGCGCCGACCAAGGCAGAGAACACAAGACGGAAUAAGAACGCGGCAGUGGCGGCAGCAGCAUCAGCAGCAUCAGCAGCAUCAGCAGCAUCAGCAGUAUCAGCAGCAUCAGCAGCAUCAGCAGCAUCAGCAGCAUCAGCAGCAUCAGCAACAUCCGCGGCAACACCCGCGCCGGCCGAGCCAACAGAGACAACAACCAAGGCUUCCUCGCAAACGAAUGGCUUUACCAAUGGUGCCAAGCAUGGGACGGAAGCAUCCGCUACAGACGAGCAGGAACGCCGGGACGAGGAGUCGAUAUACCACCUGCCUGCGUCGCUGCAGGAUCUGGUCGACUCGUUUGAGGUGACGAAGAGCCUACCAGCCGUGGCCAAUCAGGCGACCACCCUGCGCCAGCUGUCGACGUCCGCGAAUAAUCCGCCCGAGGCCAUGGACUCGGAGCCGCCGCGACGCUACGUGCCGGACAUGCGUUACAACUCGACAUCCAACUACCCGCAGGAGCCGCUGCCGCUGCUGGACGACCCUCGGUUGUACAACCGCAUCGACCCGGACACGCUCUUCUACGUGUUUUACUACAAGCAGGGAACCUACCAGCAGUACUUGGCCGCCAAGGCUCUCAAGGACAUGAGCUGGCGCUUCCACAAGCAGUACCAGACUUGGUUCCAGCGGCACGAAGAGCCCAAGAGCAUCACGGAGGAGUUUGAACAGGGCACGUACCGCUUCUUCGACUACGAGAGCACAUGGAUGAACAGACGGAAGGCCGACUUCAAAUUCGUCUAUAAGUUCCUUGAGGACGACGUGUAG